CAUAAUUCAACCUCACCAAAGUCACACAUUUCAAUUUCAAUUUCAAUUGCAAUCAUUCUUCCUCCGAUCACCACCACCACCAUGUGUACGUUAGAGAAACGCGGCGAUCUCUUCCUCUUAACCCUUACCGGCGACGGCGAACACAGAUUCCAUCCCGACACGAUCGCCACCAUCCUCUCCCUCCUCGAUCAAGCCAAAUCUCAGUCCAAACGUGGAUCCGUGCUCAUCACCACCGGUCACGGCAAAUUCUUCUCCAACGGCUUCGAUCUCGCCUGGGCUCAAACCGCCGGAUCCAAAACCGGAGCCGCGAACCGGCUUCACCAGAUGGUCGAAUCAUUCAAACCGGUUGUCGCAGCGCUUCUCGAUCUCCCUAUGCCGACGAUCGCCGCCUUGAACGGCCACGCCGCCGCCGCGGGACUGAUUCUGGCUUUGAGCCACGACUACGUGUUCAUGAGGAAAGACCGUGGGGUUCUGUACAUGAGCGAGGUUGACAUAGGUCUUUCGAUGCCGGAAUAUUUCUCGGCGUUGGUUAGGGCGAAGAUCGGGACGAGUGCGGCGAGGAGAGAGCUGUUGCUGAGUGGGAAGAAGAUCAGAGGAGAAGAAGCGGUGGGUUUGGGGAUCGUUGACGCUGCGGGGUAUGAUAGUGCGGAAAGUGUUGUGGAGGCUACUGUGCGCCUUGGUGAGAAGUUGGCGGCGAAGAAGUGGAGUGGUGAGGUGUAUGCGUCGAUAAGGAAGAGUUUGUAUCCGGAGCUUUGUGGUAUUCUUGGUGUGGAGGCUAGAGUCUUUGCAACUCCCAAGCUCUAAAGCCUCUCUUGAAGAGUGAAUCUUUCGUUUAAACAAAGAAAGAAAGAAAAAUUGUUUUGGGAGAAACACAAUGUUAAACUAGAAUUAUGGUCCCAGGUAUAAUAAACAUGUUCAAUGUUGGCUUUUUCAGUGUUGUUGUUCUUUAGGAUUGGUUUUAAAUCCGUAACCGAAAUAAUUAGGAUUCGGUUUAGAGGCUAAAUAAAUGAACUCGAGGUACCGGAAAUUGGAGUUGGUUUAGCUAGGGGUUGAACUUGAAGUGGUUAUCGGAGGAGAAACAGUUCUGUUUUGGUCUGCUUUUCUCGAAUCAGUGUUCUUUUGGCAUAAACAGUGCUGUUUUGUGGUUUCUCUCGCUAUUUUCUGAAAAGUAUUUGAAGCCUUUA